CUAAACGUUGUGGCUAAUUUAAUUAAGUCACUUUUCUCUUUGACAUUGAAGUGGGGUUUUCGUCAAUUCAAGCUUUAGAUCGAAAACCAACGAGGUGUCCAAAAUAGACACCAACCAAAACCCGUGUGAAAUGGAACUUUACCGAUUACCAGGACUAUUACAGCCGGAGGGUGAUUUGGAAAGCAACUGGAAAAAGUUCAGACAAGAGUUCGAUAUUUACAUGAUGGCAUCGGAGAAAAAUCAAAAGAGCUCCGAAAUCCAAGCGGCUCUUCUGUUAAAUAUGAUCGGCGAGUACGGUCGUCAAUUGUUCAACUAUUUCGAAAUGAAUGACACUGAUAAGAAAGACGUCGACAAGAUUCUCGCAAAAUUCGAAGAAAUUUGUGUGCCUAAAAAGAAUGUUGUGAUGGAGCGGCUUAAGUUCAAUCGACGCUGCCAACAAAACGGCGAAACGUUUGACCAAUUUCUAGAGGCUAUCCAGAAUUUGAUUCUUUCGUGCGAGUACGGCAACGAUGAAGACAACAUUUUGCGAGAUCGAAUUUUAGCGGGCAUAUCGAACCCAUCACUACGGGAAGAACUGAUGGCUAGAGAAGAUGUUUGGGAUGUUAAAACGGUCAUUAUGUGGUGCAGAGCUCGAGCUGCAGACGUGAGUGAUGCGAAAACGAAUGUUAAAGGAAACGGAAGGUACAUAUUAGCUGUGUACGUUCGACGCAUGAAUUAUGUGAUGGCAAAUGUCCAUGGCGACCAGUAUAAAAACGGCUACUUUGUCUACGGCACUUUGGAUGACCAUUUUCAAAACAUGAACACAAAAAAGUUUCUUGGAAUUUGGAGACGAGAAGCGUGUGGCAGUUGUAAUCGUGAUACUUGCAACUGUGAAUUCAGAUGGUCGUGUUUCAUGACGACGGUAAUCGCAUUGUGCGAAGAAACUGCUGAAACUCUGGAACUACUAGCUGCGCAAGUUGCUGAUGGCUACCAUAGCUUAACAAUUGAUCGAUUUGAUGACCUUAAGAACGGCGAAUUGAUUGCAGAAAAGAUUAAGUUGUAUGGUGUCAUUUAGCAAAAGCUCACUCGAAACGCAGAGGACUGGAAUUCUCAAUGCACUAAAUUGGAAAUGGUUGACGCGAAGUAUGGUGGUACUGUAUUUUCGAGUCACCAUAAGCCACCGACACUUCCGCCAGCGCUUCCGUAACGCGCACACAUCAAACAAUUUUUUAUUAAUACAUUGAAAUAAAUGAAGACGUAAAAAAACA